GGGAAGGAGGAGGGAGGGGACCGGAAGACCGGAGAGGAGCUGAAGCGGGCGGAGCCAGGCCGAGGCGAGCUGAGGUGAGCCGAGACUGGCUGAGCUGAGGCUAUGGAGACCAGGUAGUGGAGGUCCGGCCCCCUCCGCGGGCAGAAUCGAGGCUGUGCGGGGAUGUCCGGCUACACUCGCCGCACGGGGCUCACCCCGCUGUCCCGAGCCCGGAGCCUUGUCAUCCAGCACGAUGAUAAUCUUGAAGAUCUGGAUGAGGCAAAUCCAUUUUCCUUUAAAGAAUUUUUGAAAACCAAGAACCUUGGCCUGUCCAAAGAGGAGACAACUAAUACUAGAAUUUACACUAAGGAAUCUACAAGACAUACAUUAGGACUAGAAAAUAAUUCCCCAACUUCUAAAACUGUAGGGUAUGGUUUAGACUAUGAGGAACCUUUUUUCCAAGAUCCAACUGGUGCUGGAGAUUUGUUGGAUGAAGACGAAGAUGAUGACUGGAGUGGGACUUAUCGGCCAUCUGCCCUGGAACAAACUCAUGCUUCCAGAGUUGCUACUAGUGGGUCACCACGGAGUACAUAUAUUUCCUUUUUUUCCAACACAUCUGAACUGUCAGGCAUCGAGUCUCUUGCUCCAUGGACCUUAAAUGAUAGUGACUCAUGUGUUUCUCCUAAAUCUCAAGUGAAUAACACAAACAAAGAAUUUGCUGCUCAUGGAGAAUACUUGGGAGAUAGGCAUUUUCGGUCGCUGCAGAUAAGCUAUGAAGCACUUAAAGAAGAAAACUCUAAGCUAAGAAGAAAAAUUAAUGAGAUUCAGAACUUCUCUGAAUCUCAGACAGAAAUGGUAAAAACACUUGAGCGGAAAUUGGAAGCAAAAAUGAUAAAAGAAGAAAGCGACUAUCAUGAUCUUGAAUCGGUGGUGCAACAAGUGGAACAGAAUCUUGAAUUGAUGACUAAGCGGGCAAUGAAAGCAGAAAACCAAGUUACAAAACUGAAGCAGGAAAUAAAUAUGCUCCAGGCUCAGCUUACUAAUUAUAAGAGAGACAAUGAAGCCCUGCGAUCCGGUCAGUGUGCCGAUUUGACAGUAGUUAAACAAAACACAGAUGUUGCCUUGCAAAAUCUCCGAGUGGUCAUGAACAAUGCACAUAGUUCGAUAAAGCAGUUGCUUUCUGGAGCUGAAACAUUGAAUCUUGUUGCUGAAAUCCUUAAAUCCAUAGACAGAAUUUCCGAAAUUAAAGAAGAGCCUUGACAAACUGCUGAAAUGUCUUUUAGCUUAAAGUUCUACUUAAAUGCUGAAAUCACUUUUUGCUUUGCUUGGGGAAUACAAUUGUGUCUUUAAAUAUACAGUCAUCUUGCUCAGUACUCAUCAUGAAAUACAGAUUUCAUGACCUAAAACAGGGUUAUUAGCCUUAAAACUCAAUUGGGUGGCAAUUGUUGGACUUGAGGUGGGUCUACAGUUUAUAUUAACUCUUUUAAGUGAACUGUCAUAUUUCACAAAUACUGAUAAACAAAGAGUCUCUUACCAACAGUUGAGAAAGGGGAAUAUUAAUCUGUUUCUAGGGAAUUUUCUAAACAUGAAAAUGAGUUCUGGAAUAAGUAUUACUUUUUACUGUCUGUUAUAGUAUUUCCUGGAUAUUAAUUUUUAAUGCAAGAUGAGCCUAACUUGAGUGUCUUUUGUUAACACUCCUUUAAAGAAAAAAAAAACAAUAAAAAUCAUAACACAAAAUGUACAUAAUAGAGACUACUGAAUUUUGCCUAGGGUAUCUGUGCCUCUUAAAUAUCUCCCAAUGUUUCUAAAAACUUGAGGGUUCACACUUGUGCCUUCAAAAAAUAUAAUUUAAAAACAUAGUUAUAUACAUAUAUGCAGGCUAUAAGUACCAGUUACCAAUUAAAGUGCUACAAGUAGUAACAGACCUGCUAAGCACCAAUGUGCUGCUCUUCUAAGUUUGCUGCAGGAAUUGUUCAGUUAAUAUUCCAUAAUGUUGAACUCUAAGUGUACUCUUUUACCAGGUUUCUUAAUAUUUAAAUACCAACUCUUCUGCUGUGGUGUAUUGCUAAACUUUUUAAAUGACAUUUUAUACAACAAAAUUUAGGAUGCAAGGGUUUUAAGACCUUUCCAGGUUGGCAUGGGAACAUUCUAUCCUGCGCCUUUCCACAACUUUUCUAUGAUGUGGAUAAGGGCACUAAAAUUCUACAGGUCUUUUGCUGUUUGAUGUGAAUUUUUUUUAAAUAAAUUGUAGUUUUUUUCCACCUGUA